GGGCCGCCUGCCUGUGUGUGAGUGUGCAGAGGGCAGCACACUAAAAGCACCAGUGUCUGUCUCAUCGCUCUUUUCCAACACACACGGAGCACUCGGAACACUGUGAAGUCUGAAGAUGAAGAUUGCAGUGAUUGGUCAGAGCCUCUUUGGCCAGGAAGUAUACAAGGAGUUAAGGAAGGAAGGCCACACCAUCGUUGGAGUCUUCACUAUCCCCGACACUGAUGGAAAGGCCGAUCCCCUGGCCACAGAGGCAGAGAAAGAUGGCGUUGCUGUUUUCAAAGUACAGCAGUGGCGUAGGAAAGGCCAGGCCAUCCCAGAGGUGGUGGAACAGUAUAAGGCUACAUGUCCCGAGCUUAACGUCCUGCCCUUCUGCUCCCAGUUCAUUCCCAUGGAGGUCAUUAACCACCCCAAACAUGGCUCCAUCAUCUACCACCCCUCCCUGCUGCCACGCCACAGGGGUGCCUCUGCUAUCAACUGGACCUUGAUCCAUGGUGACAAAAAGGGAGGGUUCACAGUGUUCUGGGCUGAUGACGGACUGGACACUGGACCAAUCCUGCUGCAGAGGGAGUGUGACGUUGAACCUGAUGAUACCGUCAACACCAUCUACAAGAGAUUUCUCUUCCCAGAGGGUAUCAAAGGAACUGUGGAGGCAGUGAGUCUGAUAGCAGAAGGGAAAGCCCCACAGAUCAUCCAACCAGAAGAAGGAGCCACAUAUGAGUGUAUCCAAAAGAAACAGAAUGCUAAGAUUAACUGGAACCAAUCAGCUCAGGCCCUGCACAACUGGAUCAGAGGAAAUGACAAGAUUCCUGGUGCCUGGGCAGAGGUUGACAACCAGAAAGUGACAUUCUAUGGCUCUACUCUGGUGGAUAAUGGCACCAUGGCUCAAGGACAGGUUCUAGAGAUCCCUGGAGCCAGCCGUCCUGGCAUUGUCACCAAGGCGGGUCUUGUGCUUUUUGGUAACGACGGCAAUGCGCUUUUGGUGAAGAAUCUGCAGUUUGAAGAUGGGAAGAUGAUUGCUGCAGCACAUUAUUUUCGCUCAGGGAGCAGUGCCACGGUGGAGCUUACGGAGGAGGAGAAGACCUUCGCUGAGCACAUGAGGGCAGCAUGGCAGAGCAUUUUGACUAAUGUUAGUAAGAUUGAAGACUCCUCUGAUUUCUUCAAGUGUGGUGCUGCUUCCAUGGAUGUGGUCAGGCUUGUGGAGGAGGUGAAGCUUUGGGCCAGUAACUGCCAGCUGCAAAAUGAAGAUGUCUACAUGAACACCACCUUCCAAGACUUUAUCCAGAUGUGUGUCAGGAAGCUCCGUGGGGAGGACGAUGAGGAAGAGAUGGUUGUUGACUAUGUGGAGAAAAACAUCAACAACAUGACAAUAAAAAUGCCUCAUCAGCUGUUCAUCAACGGAGAGUUUGUUGAUGCAGAGGGAGAAAAGACCUACAAGAGCAUCAACCCUACUGACGGCACGGCCAUUUGUGACGUAUCUCUGGCCCAGAUAAGUGACGUGGACAAGGCAGUGGCUGCUGCUAAGGAGGCCUUUGAAGAGGGAGAAUGGGGCAAAAUGAAUCCAAGAGACCGAGGCAGACUCAUUUACAAGCUGGCUGACCUGAUGGAGGAGCACCAGGAGGAGCUGGCCACCAUUGAAGCCAUUGACUCGGGUGCUGUUUACACUCUGGCCCUCAAGACUCAUGUUGGCAUGUCCAUCCAGACUUUCCGCUACUUUGCUGGCUGGUGUGACAAGAUCCAAGGCAGCACCAUCCCCAUCAACCAGGCCAGACCUAACCGCAACCUCACCUUCACCAAGAAGGAACCAAUGGGAGUGUGUGCCAUUGUGAUUCCCUGGAAUUACCCUCUGAUGAUGCUGGCCUGGAAGACAGCAGCCUGCCUGGCUGCAGGAAACACAGUCGUCCUCAAACCUGCUCAGGUGACGCCGCUGACGGCUCUGAAGUUUGCAGAGUUGGCAGCAAGAGCAGGAAUCCCCAAGGGUGUAGUGAACAUACUCCCUGGAUCAGGUGCUCUCGUGGGUCAGCGUCUCUCUGACCAUCCUGACGUUCGGAAGCUCGGCUUCACGGGUUCCACCGAGAUCGGCAAACACAUUAUGAAGAGCUGUGCAGUCAGUAAUGUGAAGAAAGUUUCUCUGGAGCUCGGAGGAAAAUCGCCACUGAUCAUCUUCGCUGAUUGUGACAUGGACAAGGCUGUGCGCAUGGGAAUGAGCUCUGUGUUUUUUAACAAGGGGGAGAACUGCAUCGCAGCAGGCAGGCUGUUUGUAGAGGACACCGUUCAUGAGCAGUUUGUGAACAAAGUGGUGGAGGAGGUUAAGAAGAUGAAGAUUGGUGACCCACUGGAUCGCUCCACAGACCAUGGCCCUCAAAACCACAAAGCACACCUGGACAAACUGGUGGAGUAUUGUCAGACUGGAGUCCAGGAGGGUGCCAAACUGGUUUGUGGUGGCAAACAGGUAGAGCGUCCAGGGUUUUUCUUUGAACCCACUGUGUUCACGGAUGUACAAGACCACAUGUACAUUGCCAAAGAAGAGUCAUUCGGCCCUGUUAUGAUCAUCUCCACGUUUAAGAGUGGUGAAGUGGACGACGUUCUGAGAAGAGCCAAUGCGACUGAGUAUGGCCUGGCAUCGGGCGUUUUCACAAGAGACAUCAGCAAAGCUCUGUACGUCAGUGAGAAGCUCAAUGCUGGCACGGUUUUUGUCAAUACCUACAACAAAACUGACGUGGCCUCACCUUUUGGAGGUUUCAAGCAGUCUGGCUUUGGCAAAGACCUGGGUCAAGAGGCUCUCAAUGAAUACCUGAAGACAAAGGCGGUGACCAUCGAGUACUAGGUGUCAUCACAACAGACAUCAUCCUGAAGACCUAAGCUGUGACGAGAUAUAACAAGGGAUUUAUUGAAUGAAAUCAAACCAGGACGUGGGUCGUGUGUUUCAAACCUUCCCUCACUCACUACUACUGCCACUUCCUGUAUGUGCCAUAACAUGCUGCUAAUCAUGACGUCGUGCAAAUGAAGCCUGAUUCAACGUAGUCCAAGUGAUGGCUAAGAAUGACUUAUGAUCUGUGAAUGGCAUACAAAAAGCAUUUAAUCAUUCACUUUCAUUUCUCAUGUGGCUUGUAUUUUGUCAGAAAAGCCUGCUGAAAA